AUGUCAAUCCGGCUGUUGAUUCAUCCUCGGGAUCAAUCUUUUGAUCGCACCCUUCAUAACCAACCAGUCUUGAUUAUCGAACAUCGGCUUGGUCCCGUUGGACGUUCUUGGUGGGCAGGUCGAUCUGGAGGUCAUCUACCAAAUGCAGUUUGGCGAGAAAGGUUUGGAGAUCGAUCAACAAGUCAGGCAUCAGAUCAAUUACCACAUUCAUCUGCCCACGCAGAUUUACAAAAUUUAUGGAUUUAUAAUGUUGUUUUAGUUACUAGAGAUAGAGCAAAAGAAGGUGUAUUGAUUCGUCGUAGAUGGUCUCAUUUGCUGUUGGUAGUUGUCUAUUUAGUGGAUGAAGUUGAAGUCUUUUCAGCAUAUCUUUAUGGCCCUCAUGAUGUACCUGCACCUGAAUGA